UUCGACAUUCUUCGUUUGGGUGUGACUGACAAACGUCAAACGCUGUUUACGGUUCGUUUUUUCCCCCUCGUAGCCCAUUUACGUUGUUUUUGUGCCUUUUGCGGGUUUCGGGUGUACGCGCUUUUCCACCCUGCACACAGAAUCUCAUCCCAGUUUUCCAAUCCUCCCGAUAUUUCCCCACACUGCCACCUGAUUGUAUAAUUUCCCUUGCUGUGCAAACGCCACACAAGCCAUGGACUACUCGAAGCUCUUGCCAUUGGUCGCGGUGCUGCUGAUCGGGCUCGUUGGCGAAUGUGCCGCUCACGAGUGUUACGUCUGCUCGAACCAGACCGGCAACACGGAGAAGUGUCUCAACACGGUCAAGAUCUGCCAGCAGGGCGAGGACGCCUGCCUGACGGAGAUCCGGUGGGGCAGCACGCCAUACUUUUCGCUCGGCGCCCAGAAGCAGUUUUACGUGUCGAAGCGCUGCGCCAAGAAGGAGAUCUGCCAGCGCAUCCGCACCAAGCACAUGCCGUACUGUACGCACAUCUGGUACGAGGACUGGACCUGUUCCGCCUGCUGCCUCGGCGACCGCUGCAACUACUACGUGAUCGUGAGUAGAGAGGAGGGACGGGGGCGUUGGGGUGUGCCAUUGACUCAUAGGUGUGAUCGUUUCCAUUACAGAGUGCCGCGCCCACGGCUAUGCUGUCGACCGUGCUCGCCACACUGGUGGCCCUCGGUGUGUUACUGCGAAGCGUUAUGGCUAGCUGAAAAUUGGACGUAGAGCAGUGGGAAGCACCGGUGGGAAAACAAAUCCAGCGAACAUCGGCUGCUAGCACCUUCAAUCCAUCUCUUCGUACAUUCCAUCCGCAAGUAAGCAAUCGUCAGUAUUCAGUUGCACUUUUCUAUCGAAUCUAUUGCGCGUAAGAGUAAGUAAGAAGCUCGUCCUUUUCCCUCCCCAAACGAUAGACAGACGCAAACAAUCGUGCCUCUAGCGAUAGGUAAAAGUAGUUAUAGUGAUUGCAGCCGUACGUGAACCCCUACGCACGGGGCAACUAAAGUUAAUCGCCUUAAAUGGUGUAUGAAACGUAUCCGUCCAAUUAUUUUUCUAUGUAUACAAAUUCUUCUUGACCGCUCUCAGAACCAGAUAAGGUCAUCGCUGUUGAAAUAUACCAACACGUGUAACAGUAA